GCUUUUCAUUGUUAUUUAAUAAUAAAAUUUUUGUUUGAUCAACAAUGGAUCCAAGUGCAAUUCAUAAUUCAAAUGGCCCUUCUCAGGGCCUGGUUCAUGUUCCUGGUUGUGAUACUUUAAAUGGUACGUCGAACGUGACCAACGGUCCUUCUCAGGACCAAAUUUUCUUUGGUGACCAGGUGCCAAUAUUUGGCCAUCAACAUGUGCCGAUUUCCGUUCGCAUCGGAUCAAACGGCCCUUCUCAGGGUCUGGUUCAUGUUCCUGGUUGUGAUACUUCAAAUGGUACGUCGAAAGUGACCAACGGUCCUUCUCAGGACCAAAUUUUGAAUAAUGAAGCAUCCAUUGGCAAGAAACCACUUCAUUUUUGUGAACGCUGCAACCAAUCAUUCAAUUCUAAAUGGAAUCUAAAACGACAUAAUAAACGAAUACAUGACGUUGAUAAAAGCACAUCUAAAAACUUAUAUGAUUGCUGUCUAUGCGGGCAAAAGUAUUCCGGUUAUUUAGCAGCUCAUUUAAAAUCAGCACAUGGUAUCGAAAUUCAGGUGAAAAAUUUGAAAUUUAAAGAUUUUGAAAUGUUCAAAUCAUUUUUGGAGAAAACUGAAGAAGAAACGUGCUCCAAUUAUUCGACAAGAAGAAUUGAACGGGAUUCCAAUCAGCAAGUUAUAACUGCAAAUUAUAUUUGCUCGCGCCGUGGAACCAUACCGGCUAAUAGAUCGGAGCGAAAAAGAGCUGCAAAAUCAAUCAAAACAAUUAAAAUUGGCAAUAUAUGUCCAUCACAAAUUAGUUUAACCAGGAUCAAAGAUGGCACAUACACUGCUAAAUGGACAACAACCCAUGUCGGUCAUGAAUUAGAUAUGAAAUUUUGUCGAUUACCCAAUAAACACAAAGAAUUGAUUGCACAUUAUCUCAAGAUUGGAUUGCAACCAUCCGUUAUAAAGAAAAAAAUGCGCAAUCUUUUGGAUAAUUCGGAUAAAAUUACUAUGGCACAGAUGGUCACUACCAAAUAUCUAAACAAUAUCAAAAAACAAUUUAAUAUUAAAGAUAUCGCUGAAGAAUCUUUGUCUACAUUCAUCGAUUAUUUAAAAUCUUCGCCGUGCUCGGUGCUAUAUUUUAAAGAUAUCGGCAAAGCAAUUGAUGAUUUUCACGAAGAUGAUUUUUUAAUUAUAUUACAGGCUAAUAGCCAAAAAGAUAUGAUGAAGGAAAACUCAGAAAUAAUAUCAAUAGAUUCAACGCAUGAUUCGAGCAUCAAAGGCUUGAUAUUGACGACAAUAAUGUGUCUGGAUAAAAUGAAGGUCGGAUAUCCUUGCGCAUUUUUGCUUUCAAACAGGGUGAAUUACAAAUUCAUAAGUUUUUAUUUUCAAAAAAUUAAAAUUAACCUUGGUCAAAAUUUCAAAUCAAACAUCGUUAUGACCGAUAUGGAGAUAUUGUUUUCCAAUGCAUGGAAACAUAUCUUUGGAAAUUGUAUUUUUCUAUAUUGUUCUUUUCAUGUGAAAAAGGCAUUCAACCAGAAUUUGAAUGCCAUAAUAUCGGAUAAGGAAAUUCGAGAUACGGUACGUUCAUCAGUAAUGAAAUUAAUGACCAAUCUUGAUCCACAAAACUUCGAAAAUGAGAAGAAUAAAUUUUUGGAUAAUUAUUUGCAUCAAAACGAAACCACUGGAUUUGCCAAAUAUAUGCUGCAAUAUUAUUUGACAAACGAUUCGCGAUAUCCACCAGAAAGGUGGGCAUAUUGCCAUCGAACACAAUUGGGAAUAAACACCAACAUGAUCAUCGAAAAUUUUCAUAAAAAAUUAAAAUACCAAUAUAUGGAUGGCAAAAAAAAUCGAAAUGUCACAUCGACAUUAAAAAAAUUGGUCCAUAUCAUUAGUGAUUACGAAAUAGAUUAUGUGGUGCGAAUCAAUCGUAGAUACAUUCCCACGAAAGUAAGAUAUCUGCGUUCAAAACACGCAGAAGCAAAAAAAAAGGUAAUUGAUAAUUUCAAGGAAAUUGAUCAUUCCUGUGGCAUCAUAACCUUGAAAUACUGGUCGCAGGAAAAGAAGCGAUAUUAUGUAAUAUCGAUCAAUUCCAAUCAACAGCCAGAUUGUGAAAUAAAAUGUGAUGAAUGUAAAUUGUGCCUGUGCCAAGUAUCAUGCAAUUGUCAUGAUUUCCUAAUCAGAAACAAUUUCUGCAUUCACAUUCAUUUGGCAUAUCGUAAAUAUGUUUCAUUGCAUAAGGAGCAAACAAACAUUGAGCUCCAAUUCGAAGAUGAAAUAAAUCCACCGGACAUCUUAGAUCAAACGGUGUCAAUAUCAUAUGAAAACGAUACAUUCAAAUUGACGAAGAUAGAAAACGUAUUUAAUGGUUUUAAACCAAUUAAAAAAAUUGAAAAAAAACAAAAUGAUUCGAUAAAUUUCAUAUCUAGGAAACAAUUGACCGAUUUUGCAGCCCCAGAAAAUGUCCAGCAAAAAUUUUCGGCUUUUUGGCAAACAUAUACGAAAGAAGAAAAAAGAGUAAAAAACACGAUGACCAAAAUUAAUGAUAUCUAUUCUCAAUCACAACAACUUGACGAAGACCAAUAUAAUGAAUUGGUAGCACAUGCUUCGACUAUUUUCCCUCAUUUAUUUAAAAAUGAUAACGAUGAUCAAAAGAAAAAUUUAGCUCAUCAAAAACGACAAAAAACAUCAAAAAAUGUUGAUGAUGACGAUUAGUAUCGAUCGGCGGCGCAUGGCAAUUAUUAUUAUUAUUAUAAUUAUAUAUCAUCAUCAUUAUUAUAUAUGUCAUAUAUAAAUGUGCAAUCUAUGGGAGGCCAACGGCAGUCGACAAAACUUCCCAUCGACGUUUGUUCACCAACUUAAUACACACAGUCAAACAAAAAAAUAACGAAGUUUUAUUUGAUCACCAACAAGACAAAAAAAAACAAUGUACAAGAAAUCAGUAGUAAUGAACAAGAAUUCAAGUGAAAUAUUCUGUGUGUAUAAUGGUUUUCAUCAUAUGAAGAUAUUCCGACAUCUUUUGCCAUAAAUAUUAUAGUUCUGUUUCCAUAAUUUGAGCACAACAUCCAUGCGACAUAUUUGCUGAAUUUGUACAGUUUCAAAAAUUGCUUGAUUUUUUCUCAUUACAAUUUCAUUCUGUUUCAGAGAAUUAUUAUUAACUAUUGUAUGUUCCAUGCCAUUGAUCUCACAAAAUAAUUUUCUUGUAUUAUUAUUGAACUAUCUUUCACGAUUUGUUUGUAUUUUGUAUCUUUUCUUAUUUCUUAUUAUAAAGUAUGGUUGCAGAUUUAUGAUGAAUUCAAUCAAUAAUUCUGCUGCUUCUUAUUUGGUUUUAAUGGUAUUCAAAAACAGAAUUGAAACAUUUUAUUAUA